CGAAUGGUGUUCUCCCCGUGACGGAACGCACGCCGCUCCUCGCCGCCUCUGGCGCGUCCUCCCCCAAUGACACCAGUGGGGCGGGGUAUACCAACGUCCACGCAAACGGCACCGCAAACAAUCCAAACGCCGCCCCCGCCCCAGUGCCGCUAAGCCGCAAAACGCUCCCGGCGCGCCUUCUCUCGCUCAAACACACGGUGCACGCCAAGAUGCGCAGUGUGCACGCGCGGGAGCUGCCAAGGCAGGCGGUCGGGGCGUUGCCGGCGGUGUUGUUGGGGGCGCUGUUGAAUGUGCUUGAUGGGGUUUCUUAUGGGAUGAUCAUCUUCCCCGCCGCGGGCGUGUUCGCGGGGCUGGGCGGGAUGGGCGUGUCGAUGUUUUUCGUGUCGGCGGUGAUCGCGCAGUUUGUGUACACGUUCGGGGGGAGCAUGUUUGCGGGUGCGAAUGGGAGUAUGAUGAUCGAGGUUGUGCCGUUCUUCCACAUCCUCGCGAAGACAAUCGAGGCGGACAUCGGCGCGGACCGUGCGCGGGAGGUGAUUGCGACGACGAUUGUUGCGUAUGCGUUGUCGUCGAUUCUCACUGGCCUGACGUUCUUCCUCCUCGGCGCGCUCCGUCUCGGCGCGCUCAUCGGGUUCUUUCCGAGGCAUAUUCUGGUCGGGUGUAUAGGCGGAGUGGGCGUGUUUCUGAUUAUCACCGGGCUGACAGUGAGCACGCGGCUCGAGUCCGACUCGCUCGACCCGUCGCUCGAGACGCUGCGCUUCUUCUUCGGGAACGCGCACGCGCUCGUGCUGUGGGUGCCGCCCGCGGCGCUGGCGGUGCUGCUGCGCGUGAUUACGGCGAGGGUGCAUCAUCAGCUUUUGUUCCCUGCGUACUUCCUCGUGAUCCCGGUGAUAUUCUACAUCGUCGUCGCGGCUGCGCAGCUCGAUCUCGGCGCGCUAAGGCGCAGCGGGUGGCUGUUUGAUAUAGCGGCGAGUACGGGCGGGGCGGAGGACAGGUGGUAUGGGUUUUAUACGUUCCUUGACUGGCGGCUGAUCCAGUUCCGGCCGCUGUGGACGACGCUGCCGACGCAGUUCGCGCUGCUGUUUUUCAACAUUUUGCAUCCGCCGCUGAAUGUGCCUGCGUUGUCUGUAUCGCUGGACGAGGACAUCGACACGAACAAGGAGCUCGUCGGGCACGGGUAUUCGAAUUUGUUGGCUGGGGUGCUUGGGACUGUGCCGAACUAUCUCGUCUAUGUGAACACGCUGCUGUUCUAUCGUGUGGGAGGCGGGACGCGCGUGGCUGGGUUUUUGCUCGGGAUCGCGAAUAUUGUGUUGUUGUUGAUCGGGACGGGGCCGAUUGCGUAUAUUCCUGUUAUGGUCGUCGGUGCGCUGAUCUUCGUGCUCGGUUUUGACCUUGUGAAGGAGGCGCUGUGGGAUACGCGGCAUCGGGUUAGCAGGAUGGAGUACAUCACGAUCAUCAGCAUCAUGAUCUGCAUGACCGUGUGGGACUUUGUCAUCGGGGUGCUGUUCGGGAUCGUCGUCAGCUGCUUCUUCUUCGUCGUGCAGAACUCACAGCGGCGCAGCAUCCGCGCGUGUUACACGGGCGACACGGCGAUGUCGACUGUGCGCCGGCCCGCUGCGCACCGGGCGUACCUCCGCGAGGUGUCGAAGCAGACGCAGGUUAUCCGGUUGCAAGGCUUCCUGUUCUUUGGUACGAUCUCGCGCGUGGAGGAGACGCUGUGCAGCAUCGUGGACGCGGCGCCGUGGCUGCGGCACCCGGUGCGGUUCGUCGUUGUCGAUCUUGCGCUCGUGGCUGGUGUCGAUCUGUCGGCUGCGGAGGCGUUUGUGAGGAUCCAGAGGCUGUUGUCGGCCAAGGGCGUUAUUCUGGUGUUUUGUGGGCUGAGGAACGAGAGUGUGGGGCGCGCGCUGGCGAGUGUGGGUGUGUUUGCGGAGGAUUAUGUGGAGGUUUUUGGGACGUAUAAUGAUGCGAUGGAGUGGACGGAGAAUGCGUAUUUGCAUGCGUGGUUCCGUGUGCAGAGGAAGGAGGCGACGCCUGUUGCGUUUCCUGGGCGGCAGGCUCCCCAAAUCCACUUUGAUAAUUCUCUUUCGGGCUCGCCACGGAGGCUGCAGUUGCAGGAUGUUGGAGAUCGGACGAUUGCGCAAGAGCUCACACACCUCGACAUGCCCUCUGAGCCAUACAACACCCUCGUCAAAGCCUUUGCGUCAUUCGAAGGCGUCGACGACGCGCUCCUGCGGCGCCUCCCGCCGUUCUUCUCGCGCGUCGCUGCGCCCGAGGGCCACGUGCUGUGGGAGCAGAACCAGCACCCGGACGGGCUGUACCUGAUCGAGUCAGGCGUCCUGCGGGCGUCGUACCGGUUCGGGGAGCACAUGGCGGUGAUCGAGGAGUCGAUGGUGUCGGGGACGCUGGCGGGGGAGCUGUCGGCGCUGGCUGGGGAGCCGCGGAAUGCAAGGGUGGUGGUGGAGAGGCAGGCGGUGUUGUGGCGGAUGAGCGAGGAGAAUAUGGGGAGGAUGGAGAGGGAGCAGGCGGAGGUGGCGCGGAGGUUUGUGAGGCUGGUGUUGAAAUCUGCGAAAAUUGACACGGAUGUGCUGCUGGUGUCGUUGGCUGCGAGGCAAUGAGCCACGUGCGUCUCGUUCGGAGGAUGCUCAAAAUCUAGCGUCGGCAUCAGCGUUUAUCAUCACGGACUCUUGAUCGAUUGAUUCUCAUGUUGUUGUGGGUGCAAGAAAAAGUACAGAUACCCUCAUUCAUUAACUGUU